AUGUUCGCGCAGCUGUUUAAUAAACGGUUCUCUCGUCAACAGCAGCCUCCACCUCCACCUCCGCCUCCCAUCAGCCCCCAGCUGAUCCGCACCCGAGAGCGUUCAAUGCAUCGUAUUCUCUCCCUCCCGCCGGUAUACACAAUUAAAUCGAUUGCAGCCAUCCCACUACAAGAAGACCAAGCCCGAACGGCUCUUAACGGGCUGCUCGCACGAAAGACCCCGCUCACACCUCGACCACUCGACACGCAGCCGAGGACGUUCCAGACUUACAACCUUUCCUCAAACACCCGUUCCCUCGCGCAGCAACACGUCCUCGGAGCCCGUACCCAGGGUCACAUUCGCUUCAGAGCCGAUCCCGAUCCCGAAUAUUGCCAAACGCUCUUGAACAAACUUUCGUUUUGGAGUACACCGGCGAGAGCGACGCUCGAUACGACUCCUGCACUCGAUACGACGCCCCAAGAAGGCGAAACUGAGCCUGAACAAGUCUUGCAGAAGAUCUUGGCGUCUGAAAGUACUCAGGCACCUGGAUCGACUGAAGAGCGAAACAAGGAGUUGACCAAAAAGGUCGUGAGGAAGUUCCUUGAUUAUGCUUGUACCAAGGCGAGCUUUCUGACAACAGGUUACAUGAAAGAUCUUGCUACAUCACUUCAGGAUAAACAUGAACAGGCCACCAAAGCACAAAAGGAAGCCAUGAUUCUAAACGACAUAACCGAACGACCCAAGUUCCGACGCAACUCGGGCUCGAGCAAUUCGAGCGCAAGUCGUCGACGACCUUCAUUAUCAGUCCAUACGGACUCGGGCGGUGCCCCCAUUCGCGCAGACGCAUUCACUGAAAACCAUGGAUUGCUCCCGCUCUGGCUCCGGGUUCCCCAAAAAUCCAGGCGUUUUUGGUGGAACGAGGUUUUGGCUGCUCCAUUUGUCGAAGCUGGGGCCCAUUCGUAUGUCGUCCCCAUUCUACAAGGCCACUUUCAGUCCGCCACUUUUGACCUGGGGAAUGAUACCGAGAAUGGAGACCCCCAAGUAAUCGAAUACGCAGUUAUAUCAAGGCGUUCCAGAGAUCGUGCUGGGUUGAGGUAUCAGCGACGCGGUAUCGACGAUGACGCGCAUGUAGCCAACUUUGUAGAGACUGAAGGGCUGGUUCGUGCUGCGCGAAUGGGUUCGGAUAAUGUGUUCAGCUACCUACAAAUUAGAGGAUCUAAAGAUGCUCUCGCUCCAGCGCGCCAACACUUCCAAUCGUGUUCCCGCACUUGCACCUCGGAUGGUCAACCUAGCCCAGUGAUGUGCGUAAACCUGGUCGAGAAGGGCGGAAGGGAAGGUGUAGUGGGCUCUGGGUUUGACGAACUAGUCGAAAUGGUAGGAGAGGAAGAUAUCAAGAUUGUGCAUUUUGAUUUCCAUGCCGAGACCAAGGGGAUGAAAUACGAGAACAUAUCCAAGCUCGUUGAUCAACUAGAACGUACAUUUGAAGCACAGGGGUUCUUUUGGGCAAGCACCUUGUUCUUCGUUACCCAUGAACGCACCCUAACCUCGAAGUACAAAGAUCGAACAAAUGUCGUUCAAAGUGCGUUUGCUCGAUGCGUCAUGAAUCGCCAACUUCAAGCUAUAGCGCUCGUCAAGCCCACGGAUAUCGAGGCUGAUAUGGUAUUCAACGAUGUCUGGGCGAAUAAUGGCGAUGCAGUUUCGAGGGCUUAUGCUGGAACCUCCGCAUUGAAGGGUGAUUAUACAAGUGUCCAAGAUCAGAGCGAGUGCGCGAUUGAGACGACCGUUUCUCGUGUUCUGCUCGAGAACGAGCAUUGUGUGAAUGCAUGGACAUUGUUGAGCCCUGUAGAAGUCGGCGUAGCGGUUUCAGACAAGUUUGUAGAGAAGAUUCUAGUCUUGAGUAGUAGUGCGAUUUAUAUUGUUGUAUCGAGUCGUCGUAUACCACUUGGAGAUGUUGUUAAUAUCAAACAAGGCGCAUAUAUCCUGUCUACUCUACACGAAGCCAGCAAGGACCCAGCCGAGAAUUACGGGUUCUCAAUCACCUAUCGUAUAGCUCACCAAGACAUUCGCCUGACUACGUAUUCCAUGCGCAAUCGACCGACCCUUCCUCCCCCAUCUAUCGAUGCGAUACUGGGUGAAGAACCGGGCAAGACCCAAACGCCCGCUCAACAAGCUCAGGUUGCAGUGAUGCCGCUCCUCAGGCGGGCCUCGUCCGUCCGACGCGGUGCUGGGAUGCUCUCUCAGCUCCUCUCAGCAUCUGCGCCCCCUCCAUCUUCCAUAGGUGCACCAAGCGACCUGGAAACGAUUUCUUUCAAGGCUCUUCCAGUCUUGGACGUGCAUCCAGACCAGAUUGGGGUUGCCCCUCUAACGAGUCGAGAUGCUGCACGGAGGGCUGUGAGAGAGGUUGCAGGGGCGUGCAGGAAUGCUGGUGCGGGGCAAGAAGCAGGGUUUUUGUUGAAGAAGAUAUUUCUUGAACAGGCUCAGAGGAUCACACCAGUAUGGGCCCAACUUGAAUACAGCUUCAAGAGAUUCCUAUGGCUCGGUAGCUAG